AUGGUGCGCUCCGCCUACUCCUCAGGCCACCCCUCCGUCGGCGUCGGCGCCGGCAACACCCCCGCGGUGAUUGAUGAGACCGCCAACGUAAACCUGGCGGUGUCCUCUAUUCUGCUGUCAAAGACCUUUGACAACGGUGUGAUCUGCUCCACGGAGCAGAGCGUGGUGGUGGUGGACAGCAUGUACGACGACAUCAAGGCCGAAUUUAUCCGCCGCGGCGCCUACUUCCUGAAUGAGGAGGAGAAGAACAGGGUGCGGGCCAAGAUGUUUGUGGACGGCCGCCUCAACGCCGACAUGGUGGGCCAGAGCGCCUACGGCCUGGGCAGGCUGUUCGGCGUCAACGUGGACAAGAAGUACAAGGUGGGUGUGUUUUGGUGUCUGUGA